UUGUUUGUGUCGUGAGGGUCAGCCAACUCAUAAUAACCGUUCAUUGGAUCAAUCCCAUGUGCACAUGACAUGCAUCACUGCAUAAGAGUCAGCCACACAGAUGCAGAUGGAUGAAGCAGCCCCGCCCAUCUGUGUGAGUAUGCACAUGGCCAUCCAUCCAUCCAUCCAUCCACCGACACACAGUCAGUCAUCCCCCACCCUUAUCUGAUCUGUGGCCCCAUGCCCCAUGAAUCGACCACAUCAGUCUCGCGGUCCUCAACCACCUGCUGCAGAGGCUUCGGCAGCGUCAUGUACAGCUGCGCCGAAUGCCUGCAUGUCACACCACACACACAUGACGCAUCACACGACACAACACACAUGUGAUAGGUGUGAGUUCCUCCGUCUGUCUGUCUGUCAGGCUGGCCCUUCCUCACUCACCGUUUGGCAAAGUAGAUGAGUAGGGCGAUGGCUUCGAAGAGGUUGCGGUUGCCCGGGGCGAGGGGCCAGGGCCGCGUGGUGGUUACCACCUCAUAGCGGAGGGCGGGCAAUGGGAAGCCCACCUGGUCCUCCAACUGACGCAUAUACAACACACGCGACCUGCACACAACACACAACACAAGCAAGGAGCGAUCGUCAAGGCACAUUUGUGUCCAUCUCCCUCCCCUGCCUCACUCACCCAGCGCCACCCAGGCCCGUCCGUGUGAGAAACCCACUGCCAUCCCCCGUCUGUGCGUAUGCGCCCUCGCCACCACUCCCCCACCCCCAUGUGGCCGACAUGCCCGGCGGCUGCCCACUGCCAGCGGUGGCGGCCGCGGGCUGCACCGCACGCCAAUUCUGACCUGAGAGAGCACCAGAGAGGCACACACAGAGGAAGAUUGGAUGAUUCAUGCAUGUGUCGGUCGGCUUGGUGUGCGUGUGGGAAUGGGUGAUGGAAUGGGUCAACUGGCGUGUUGUGUUACCUACCUGUCGCCUGAUGCACAUGUGCCUGCAGGAAGUUGGUGUACGUGUUGAGCAAACGCAGCAGCACGUUCUCGAGGAUGUGCGAGUCGGUGGGGUAGCUCUCAGCCUCCCGAUAGUCGUGCUUGUAGUGCCUGAGAAAGAAAGAAGCUCAAGACAUACAACACAAAUGCAUACCCCUGUUGGUGUGUAGCAGGUGCCUCCCUCGUGGGUCGCCCCACUGAUUCACUCACUUGACGAAUCCAUAGUCGGCGAACAGUCGCAGGCGCCGCAGCACAUAGAGGCGGAGAUCGGCUGGGUAGGACGGCGGGCGCAGGAACGACUCGAUCACCUGACGCGUGUCCCACAUAUUCUGACCAGCCAGUAAGUAUCAACACACACACAUUCACAUUGUCGGGCGUCGUCAAUGGAUCGUUUGUGUGUGUGUGUGUCACCAUCCAUCCAUCCAUCCAUCUCCCAUCUCACUGACCUUGAGCUGAACAGCCUCGAGAUGGUUGAGGAGGUGUGGGGGCAGGCUCUUGCUCUGGAUUGGCACGAGAUUGGGGUCCGUCAGGCUGCCCGAGGCCCCGUCAUAGUGCACGGACAGAGACUGCAGGCAGUGGGCAGACAGACAGGGAGUGGGGAGUGUAUUCGCCCGCGAGCAGACUGUAGUUGGUUCUUACUUCGUAUGAAAGGCGCGCGCCGAGUUUGCUGAGUGCCGACGUGAGCAUCUGGUCCGACAUCUGCAGAUGAGCAACGUAGCCACGCAGCCACACCUGAUUGAACGACACCAUCACACACACACACAUACAGAUGGAUGAUGACACACACGACGACAUCUUUCUCACCCACCCCGCCCCCCCACACACCUGCAGCCACUCCUGCAAUUUACUGAGCCACUGGUCCAUGACGGCCCUCCCCCCAACAUGCUGGUAGGUCGACUCCCAGGGCGACUCACCAUCCCUCGCCCUCCCCGCCGCCUGCUGGAACCCCACACCGCCCCCACCACCACCCUCUCCAUGGGAGCUCUCCGCCGGCCACCGGCUCGGGCGAAAAGCAUAGUCUUUGUCGCGAUACGAGGGCAUCGGCACCUGACUGAGGGCCUGCAGGGUCCGCUCGUAUGAGGAGAUGCCGCCCGCGGAUGCAGACGGCUGCCGGCCGUAGGAUGGCGGCAUGUUCGUGAAUGGGGCGCCGGGGUAUGAGGGGGGCUGGGAGAAUGGUGUGUAGAAGGGCUGGAAGGGCGAGUGGGGCGGCCUGCCGACGGGGGGGUGGUGUGUGAAUGGGCUAUAGAAGGGCUGGUAGGGUGAGUAGGGGCUGGUGCCGAAAGGUCCGGGCUGCGAGUAGGCCGCCGCCACGGGGGGAGGCGUAACUGAACAAGGCAAACAACGCACACAGAAAGCCAGACAGACAGACAGACAGACAGACAGAUGGAUGGAUGGAAGGGGCAUUGCACUGCAGGCAUGCACACCCGCAACACACAUACAUGCAGACCCUCCCGUCCGUCCACUCCACUCACCACUGAAGCGAUCACCGACGAGGUCAUACAGCUCUCCAGGCCGGACAGUGAUGGGCUCACGCGCAGCCAUGCCCGCCUGACUGGCAUACGCCGGCUGUGCGGCGGCUGCAGCUGUCUCACGCUGCUUCACCGCCUCACUCUCGGCCGCAGCCCGGUCCUCCCGCCAUCUGGACAGAAACUGCCCCGCGGACACCAGGAGGGUGAAGACCACCACACCGCCGAGGGGGACUGACCACCCGGCAUGGUAGAGAAAGGCUAUGAUCAGCCGAAUGCAGGCCAGGAGCAGCUGAAUGCUCCACUUGGCGAGUGUCGCAUUGCCGGCGAGGAGCAGGACGACAGCAGCGAUAAAGGUGAGAAGGUUGGGGAUAGAUGGCAGCAGCCGCUUGACGGAUGCGCGCUCCUCGGUCUUCCUCUGCUGCCGUGCUUGAGCCUCUUGGGAAGUGAAGAUGCGGAGGGGCGAUGGCGGCUUGGUCUGUGCCGAGAAAGACGGCGUCACGUAAGGGCUACAGUAUAAUGCGCGAGGAGGCGGAGUAGUGCUCAUGUCGUCU